AUGUUUCUCCAUCCAAGGAGUAGCAGGAGCACAAAGAUCCACGAGAAGCAGCAGACUAUGAGGUCUGAGCGGCACCGGGGACCCCUCGACCUGCACAGGACUCUGGUGGUUCUGGUGGUUCUGACCAUACAGCCGCAGGACGUCUGCGCUGCGGGGAUGUUCGAGCUUCAGAUCCGUCACUUCCAGAACCCGCAUGGACUCCUGCAGACCGGGGACUGCUGCGACCUGCAGGGCAGCGGGGGACAGCGCUGCUCUGCCAGGGACCAGUGUGACACGUUUUUCCAAGCCUGCCUCAAGGAGUAUCAGGCCCGCGUGUUUCCCACCGGAGCCUGCACCUUCGGGUCAGACAGCACCGGCGUCUUGGGGGGAAACUCCCAGUUGCUCCACCACCGAGGACAUGACAGAGGAGGAGGAGGAGGAGGAGAAGAUGGAACUAAUGGACACAUUGUCAUUCCCUUCAAAUAUGCCUGGCCAAAAUCAUUCUCUCUGGUGUUGGAGGCUUUUGACUACGACAAUGACACAUCAGAACCAGGUCAGCUGAUCGAUCGAGCCCUUCUCUCCUCCAUGUUGAACCCGGGUGAACAGUGGCAGGCGUAUCGUCACCACGGACGUAUUCUCACCCUGGAGUACCGGCUUCGCUUCCGGUGCGACUCAAAUUAUUACGGUCCUUUCUGCAACAAGUUCUGCCGGGCCAGAGACGACUUUUUCGGUCACUUCAGCUGUGACCUGAGUGGCUCCAAGGUCUGCAUGGAGGGCUGGAUGGGUCCAGAGUGUAAAGAAGCGGUCUGCAAGCAGGGAUGUCAUCAGGCCCACGGUUUCUGUACGGUACCCGGAGAAUGCAAGUGUCAUUAUGGCUGGACGGGUCCUUUCUGUGAUCAGUGUGAGACGUUCCCCGGCUGUGUGUACGGCAGCUGCACCGAGCCCUGGCAGUGUGUGUGUGACGUCAACUGGGGAGGACUGCUGUGCAACAAAGAUCUGAACUACUGUGGCACCCAUCAGCCCUGCAAAAAUGGCGGGACCUGCACCAACACAGAGCCAAACGAGUUCCAGUGUGAGUGCCAGGAAGGUUUCAGAGGAAGAAACUGUGACAUCGUAGAACAUGCGUGUCUGUCGUCUCCGUGUAUGAACGGAGCCACCUGUGUGGAAAACCCAACGGGCUUCAGCUGCACCUGCGCCGAAGGCUGGACCGGAAACACCUGUACAGACGCGGUGAGGCAGUGUGAUCGCAGCCCGUGUGGGCGUGGAGCGACGUGUCAGGAGGCUCCGGGAGGUUUCCGGUGUCUCUGUCCACCUGGAUGGACCGGCAGGACAUGCCAGCUGGAUGCCAACGAGUGCGAAACGAGUAUUUGUGUCCACGCCCGCUCUUGUCGCAACCUGAUCGGUGGAUACCUGUGUGAUUGCCUUCCUGGAUGGACCGGCCCUAACUGUGACAUCAGGAACAGCAGCUGCCAGGGUUUGUGUUUAAACGACGGACGCUGCGAGGUAAAAUUGGACCUGUGUAAUCCCAAUCCCUGCCAACAGGGGGCGCAGUGUCACAGCACCGAGGGCAAGUACACAUGUGCAUGUCCAGAUGGUUUCUUUGGCAACGAGUGUGUGAGCCUCAGAGGUCCUUGUAUUGGUCAACAUUGUCCAGGUGCCAUGUCUGACACGACACACGGGGGCCUCAGCUUCUACAUGAUCCUGGUGGGGGUCAUAGCCCUGGUGACGGUCUGUGGCUGUGCCGUCUGCGCGUUCACCUUCUCCCACCUCCAUCGGAAGAAGAAGAAGCAGCAGUCGGUCCCACAGGAGGAAGGCAUCAACAACCAGAGGGAGUUCGUCAACUUGAUCAGAAACGUGGACCGUCCCGUUCCCCUCGUCCCCCCUGCCCCACCACCAACUCACCCACCUGCCCCCGUCUCACGUUGCUACGAGGAGAUUGAACUGACCCUGCCGCCUUCCCCGGCUCCAUCACACCCCUCCCCAGCACUGAAACCAGCUCACGCCCCCAAACUAGACAUCUCAAACCGAGAAAGAGAGAAGUUGAACCGGUUCCACUGCACAGACAAUCAAGAACUGGAGGUUUGA